CAAAUUGUCAAUACAAAUCAAAACUCAAAACAUAAAUAUAUUUAGGUUUGGAAAAGUACCUAACAGAUUUAUUGUAAACCAAAAGAAAAACGAUGAAAAAUACCGAUGCAGAACGCUUCAAUCCAUGUUUAAAGGAGCAAGAAAAGUCAUAUCAAUGCCUUAAUAGAAAUGGAUUUAAUCAAGAAAAGUGUGAAGCCUAUUUCGAUAACUAUAACACUUGCAAAAAGUUCUGGGGUAAGGUGACCAAAGAUAGAAGAGUCAGAGGUAUUGUACCAUACUUGCCUAAUGUUGAGGAGAGGGAGAAAAUUAAAGCAGAAUAUAUUCAGAAGAUGGGAGGAAAGUCAUAAAUUUUAAUAAAAAAAGGAUUUUCCAUUAAGUUUAUCUAUCUUUAGUCACUGCCACAAGAAGCUACAAUUUUUUUAAAACUACUAAGUUAUUUUGACAAUUCAAUAAACUACUAUAAUCCCAAAUUCGGUAAACUCUUUUGAGUUCACUGAAUUUACAUAUUAUGUUGAAUGGAAUACUAACAUGCAAUUUCACUUGGUCAAGUUAUAUGUGUUUGUUUACAAAAUUUAUAGCUUCUUGUGACUGGGACUAAAUAAUGGAUUAAAAAUUGGUAUUUAUGAUUUCCAUGAUUCUGAACCAAAAUUUAUUAUUUAUUUAUGUACAGAAACCAGAUAUUUGAACAUACCAUUUCAAAUAUCAGUUUUUUGCCUAUUAGGAACUUUACAAUUAAAGAUUACAUUAAUGCAAUAAUUUAUGAAAGGGUUUUCUUUUUUUUUUUUAAUAUGCUAGAACUCGAACGAGGUUCUCGGGAAUUUGACUUUGAUUAUUGAAAUACUGUCUAUACUUAAUAUCAUAUUUGGCACUGGAACUGAAGUACGAUUGAAAAAACUUUACGUUUGGUAUCUGAUUUAUUGAGGUAGGUGUAGACUAUGUAGUAGUAUGCUGCGUCCGGUUAUUGACGCGGGCGAAGCCCCAGGGCACAUAUAGUUGUAUGUAAAAGUGGAAUAAUAAUUUGGUAAAUAGAAAAGUGUUUACUACAUGAGAAGGUUUUAAAUAUUGUGUUAUGACCACUACACAGUUUGGUUUACUCUUUGCAUUUAAUGUAAAGGCUGAAGUUUUAUAUAUAACUUAUUUACUGCUAUUAUUAUUCAUUCUACCACCCUGUUAUAUGUAGUUUAUACUUACUGUUUAAACUAAACCUUCUAUAUCGUGAAUGUAAUAUACUCUUUUAAAAAUAGUUUAUGGAUCUAACUUAUUAUAAAUAAUUUAUACAAUAAGCCUCAAGAUUUGCCAUAUUAAUAAAAUAUAUUUACAACACUAACUUUUUAUUCAAUGUAACAUUUCACUUCAAGGCACACACUAUAGGGUUCUAGUACUACCUCAAAUAAUAAAACAACCAAUUUUUUGUUUAUCGUAAAAUUAUAUUGUCACAUGAUAAUAAAGUGAUCAGUGAGAAGCGAUGACAUUCUGUGUAUAAGCGAUUAUCUAGCUAGCUAAGAGUAUUACUAAGCUAUCACAAUCACGAUCAAGGCAUAUUGGGAAGAACAUGUUCCAAAAUACAACCAACCAAAUGAUAGGAUAAUCACAAUGAAAUAUAUAAUAACACAAGAACUACCCUCGUCCUUAGCUCUCCUCACGGCGCUCCGCGUAACGUGAUUGAACUCAUUUUCUUUCAGGAUCCUUUUUUAUGAGAAUAGGGAUCCUUAGGGAAAACUCCUGUAACUUUAUAUAUUUCAUUGUGUCCUCUCACAAGAGUUUAAAUGCUAGAAGAUAGGAAUUUUAAAAUUGUCCAGAUUUGGACAAACCGAAACUAAACUUAACAGUGGGAAAGGUAAAAAAUAUUUCACUUAUUUUUUUAAUUUAACUAAAAAUGUGGUACACAUACAAAUUCCAUAAUAACUAUGCUUGUAGGUAAUUUGGCCUAACAAUUUUAUCUUAAGUUUUAUUUUUCUUAUUGAAAUAGGAAAAACGAUAGUCCCUCUCGCGUAAGACAACAUUUGUGGUAAGUAUCACUGGAUUUCUUCCCACACUUUUUUGAAUUCUUUAGUGUCUGUCAUUUUUCAACAAAUAUGAACCAGAAGACCAUAAUAUUAUUCCACACUUAAUCGUAGAGGCCAAAUACUGAAAGAAAAACAGAAAAUGUUACAGCAACUGGCAAGUGUGUAUAUACCCCAGUUUUUGUUAUCUUUUAUUAAAAUUGUUUUUUUUAAUGUUUCCUCUCUUACAAAUUUUCUCAAAUUCUGGUAAUAUACAGAUUUAUUUUUGAGUUAUACCACUUUUACACUGUGAAAGUACAUAAUUAUUAUUUAAAUUAUAUUAUAUAGUCUAUUUUCGUGGGUAAAAUAAACAAGAAUGACAAGCCUAUUAUUUUUUUAACAUAAAAUAAUAAUUGAUUUAUUUGAAACUUCUUAUAAUUAUUCUAGUAAUACUGAAAUUUUCAAUAAAAUGAAUUAUACAUUUUAUCUUAAUAUUAAAAUUCACUGGUGUUCCACAGUUUCUCUGUGUUCAUUCUUUUAUUUCACUUUCUAAACAAUAGACUAUGAUAAUAUUCUAUAGUAUAAACAGCCCAAGAGGGUGAGGCAAAAUUGUGUUGGCGUUUGAUUUAAGGUUGAAAGUUUGUAAGAUGGUUCUGCUAUCUAUACUAAAUCAUGGGAAAACAAAAGCUGCCAUCUAAUCUGUGGGAUUCCCAAGUGAAAGGAUUUAUAUUAUCAUUUAUAGGGUUGUUCGUCUAUCCAUCCAUGUUCAAGUCAUGUUUUCUCUGCAAUGUAAGUAUUGAGUUCCGACUUAGAAUGUAUACUAAAUACUAUAAUCAUUGACUCCAAUUAACUUCCUUCUUUAUAAUUUCAUGAAAUAAUUAUCGGAACCUUUUACUUGAUAAUUAUUAUAUAAAGUAAAGUUUCUUGAUAAUUGUUGUUUGAAAAUAUAAAAUCAAUUGAAAAGGGAAUACCUGGUGGCAUGCCUAUAGGAAAUGAGCUAGAAAAAAUUAAGUUCAAAUUAUUAACCUUUGAGCACGCAAUAUUACAAUGUUACUUGAUCAUUCAAGCACUGCAUGUCUAAAUACUAAACAAAGACGUAAUGCCAUAUGUGUACCAUACCAUAGCACGCAUGGUAUAUAAAUGUAACGCAGAAGCAUGUUACAAAGUUUCAGCUUUGAUCCAAACACAGUAAAUUUAAAAGAGGUAAAACAUUAAACUGGUAUUUAACUUUAUUAUACUUAACAUACAAUUAAUAAAAACUAUAUUCUAACAUACAAAAUGUAUAGCAAAACAAAUAAAAUAAUAAGAAGAAAUAUAUUUUGUCAUA